CAAUCAGUAGACUUAUAAAAAAAGAUUAGAAGGAUGGAGUCUAUCAUGAAUCUAGCUGUGAUAGUUUUCCUUGCUGGACUUAUAAAUCUAAGUGAAGGAACAAAUAGUAGCCACAUGAUUUAUGUAAAAACAGGGGAUUUAGGCAAUGGUACUGAAGGAGUUAGCAUAGUGAUUGAUUCUAAUACGUAUCUUCUUGAAUAUGAUGACCCUUCAAGAUCACCUUUCACUGGUAAUGGCACUGAUAGUUUUGAAAUAGAUGGCCCAGAUAUUGAUGUUGAGCUCAUAGAUCACAUUGAUGUUUUGUUAGAGCCAUGUGCCCAAGUAACUCAAUACCAAGGAAACACCGGAAGUUGGAAUUUAAUCAAGAUCGUCAUAAAGGAUGUAAACACUGGCAAUAAAUCCCGAUGUAUUUGUGAUUGUAUGAUUCCUAAUUGCUUUGAAGGCAUUACAACACUUAAUUGUUCUCUAGUGAAUGUGGUACAUGGUGGAUGGGGACCCUGGAUGAAAUAUACAAGUAGUGUUUGCUCCAGAACUUGUGGAUCUGGUACAAUCAUUUCCAGCUAUAGAGACUGCAACAAUCCGGCUCCUCAAAAUGGUGGGCGACAGUGUGUUGGUGAUAUAUAUGAGAUAGUACCUUGUAAUACACAGUGUUGUCCAGGAGAGUAUCCAAUCACAACCUUUACCAACUCGCCAAAGUACACAAUUGGAUCUCCAUCAAUUUCUUUGAGUUCUUUCUUUGAGCAUGUACUAGUUGGUAGGAUAACUGGACUGCAAAAUCUCACAACUGGCACAAGGAUUAAAGUUAAUGGACCCAUGUCUAGUCAUGAUGUUAAAAUUAAGAAUGCGGUCCGGGAAUUCUGUGACUCGAGUGUGUACAGAAUGACAAAGCCUCAACCUUCAGGAUUUAACUUGAGAUAUGAAGUAUCAGUAUCAAUUGAAGAUGAUUUACCCCUAUGUCUGGAUAAUUCAUCUUACGUUGCUGUCAUUCCACCAACAUUCACCGCAGAAAUGACAGGUAUAGGAUGUGAUGAGAUUGGAUGGAGAAAGAAUUUAUCCACGGAUUCUAGCUGCUUUAAAUUAGUUUCUACAGUACAUCACUCAUGGGACGCUGCAAGGUUAGCCUGUAUCGCUGAGGGGGCAGACUUAGCCACUUUCUCGAGCCAGCGACAGCAAAACUUUAUUUUGCAAUUAGCACAUAGUGGCUCACUUAUCUGGAUAGGCUUAACCAGCAAGUUGAAUGAUAUAGGCCGAUGGGAAUGGAUCAAUGGCACAUCAUAUGAGGGCUAUAUUACUACAAAAUAUUUAUCUUAUACUGCAGAGUGUGCUUACUUAAGCCAAACUGGAAUAGCUCCUGAAGCUUGUAGUCAAAGUAACACUGUAGUAUGUGAAAGGAGAGAUUGCACAAAACCAUGUUGCACGAAUACAUAUCAUGAUUUUGCAAUCACUGGCUACAAUGAUUUAACAAUACAAAAAGUUACAAUGUCUCAGUGUAUAGAUACAUGUGCCACAAGUAAUGCAUGUGAAAAUGUUGAAUACUGGUCAGGGGACAACUCAUGUGUUAUAUCUGAAACCAGUUUGAAAGAUGCAGUGGCUACAGAUAUUGGCAGUUUAAACAUUGAUAAGAGAGUGAAUUUCUAUGAGACCCAUUGUAAGGCCUGUAGGGGAAAUGAUAUAGUCCCCCAUGAUUCUGAUUCUAACACAUACUACAAGUGUAUAGAUGGUGUUUAUGUGGAACACCAAUGUCAAAGUGGUAUGUACAUGGAUUAUCAGGAAAGUGUGUGUGUUGAGUUACCUGUGUUAACACCACUAGAAAUGCAGUAUGGCUUUGGGUCCUUAUUCAUAACUAACUGUGAAGCUACUACACCACAAAGUACUGUAACUACAACUCAAAGUACUGUAACUACAACUCAAAGUACUGUAAC